AUGAAAGGCAAUGAGAAAGGCAGCAAGCCAAAUUUCAUGACAAUAUGGACCAAUUGUGUACCUUGUGAUGGAUGCUACAAACAAAUCAACCCUCUGUUUGAUCCUAAAAAAUCUUCCUCUUAUAGUAAUGUCUCGUGCGAUUCUUCUCAGUGUAACGACCUUCAUUCACAUGAGUGUUCUCCUGAGAACCAUUGCAGUUACAACUAUGGCUAUGCAAAUAGUUCUGUUACUCAAGGAGUUCUUGCACAAGAAACAGUUACCCUAACAUCAAGUACAAAUAAACCUGUUGCCCUUAAAAAUAUUCUUAUUGGUUGUAGACAUAACAACACAGGAACUUUCAAUGACCAUGAAAUGGGUAUAAUUGGUCUUGGGAGAGGACCAACUUCUUUGAUUUCUCAAAUAAGUCCUUUAUUUGGAGGCAAGAAGUUUUCUCAGUGCUUGGUUCCAUUUCAAUUGAGUUUUGGAAAAGGCAGUGAAGUAUCAGGGGAAGGUGCGGUUACAAUGCCUAUGGUUAUAACACCGGAUCCGACAUCGUAUUUAGUUACAUUGCUAGGUGUUAGUAUGGGAGAUAUCUACUUUCCUUAUAAUUCAAAGGGUAACAUGUUGGUUGAUUCAGGGACACCGCCAAUUUAUAUACCUAAUGAUUUGUAUGAUAGAGUGGCUAAGGAAAUAAGAAACAAAGUUUCAAUGGAACCUGUUACAGAUGAUCCUAGUUUGGGUACUCAACUUUGUUAUAAAACAAACACUAAUCUUGAUGGACCAAACCUUACAUUCCAUUUUGAACAUGGAGAUAUAGUUUUAACACCAAUUCAAACCUUUGUUUCACCAAAAAAAUGGCGUUUUCUGCUUGGCAUUUAUGGUAAUUUUGCACAAUCAAAUUAUUUGAUUGGGUUUGUUAUAGAGAAAGAGUUGAUUUCUUUCAAGCCAGCUGAUUGUACUAAACAAUAG